AAGGUGUACGGGGACAUCCAUGGCCAAUUCGUCGACCUCAUGCGCCUCUUCGCGCGGUACAAGGCUCCCACCGACGGUGAGGGCGGCGACCUUGACUCCAUGGACUACCUCUUCCUGGGCGACUUCGUCGACCGGGGCGCCUUCUCCCUGGAGACGGUGGUGUUGCUUUUCGCGCUGAAGGUGCUGCACCCGGGCCAGAUACACCUGCUGCGGGGGAACCACGAGGAUCCGACCAUCAACGCCAUCUACGGCUUCCGGGACGAGUGCCAGCGGCGGCUGGGGGAGGAUCCCGACGACCCAGACUCCUGCUGGAACAAGUUCAACAGGGCCUUCGAGUGGAUGCCAAUCGCCGCUAUAGUCGAGGA